UACAGGAAGACGGAAGCAAACGCCGAGCGCCUGCAAACUCAUCGCUUGAAUCACCGAGGAGGGCACAAGGACAUAAACCAAGAGCUCGCGACUAUGAUUUCUGUGGAUAGUUCAUAAACCGUCAGCCUAUUACCUCCGUACAUCCACCCAGCGUUACUGUAAACCUUACAUUAACGUUUGACGCCGUUUCAUCCACACAGACGGGAAAAGAAUGGCAUCGAUUUUGCUCACCAGAUCUCGGACUCCGUUGCUGAAAACAUCCAGGUCAUUAAAGAACGAAUUCAGAAAAGGAAAGUUGUCAGAAGGCGCAUGCUUUAACUGCACGGCACUGCGGUUAGCUACAAACAGUCCUGGUGUGCUUGGAGGAAUCGUCUGGCCUCAUGCAUCAUCUGUCCAGUACCUGGACAACUCCUCUGUGCUUCAGCGACGCCUGUCCAGAUCUCAUCUUUAUUGUGCUAUCUUAGUACCCGACCCUGCCCUGCCAGUCCACACCAACUCCACAUACCACAGAACAUUAGCCUGGCCACAGAAUGCUCCAGUCCGGUGGGUUCACACCACAGGCCGGCUGCUCGAUGAUUCAAAGGUGGAGCGCUCUUUACGCACCCUGAAGGAUCGAAAUAAAAAGCUGGAGGAGGGCGGACCAGUGUAUAGCCCAACGGUGGAUGCCGAACCAGUGCGACGGACAAUACGGCAACGUGUUAUUGAUGAGGUGAAACAUUACUAUCACGGCUUCCGUCUGUUGUGGAUCGACACGACCAUCGCUGUGCGGAUGCUGUGGAGGGUGUUGAACGGACACAUUCUGUCACGCCGAGAGAGAAGACAGUUUCUGAGGACGUGUGCAGAUGUCUUUCGCCUCCUGCCCUUCCUGGUCUUUAUCAUUGUUCCGUUCAUGGAGUUUCUGCUUCCUGUCGCACUGAAGCUCUUCCCCAACAUGCUGCCGUCCACCUUCGAGACACAGUCCAAAAAGGAGGAGAGGCUGAAGAAGGAGCUGAGAGUAAAGUUGGAGAUGGCCAAGUUCUUGCAGGACACAAUCGAGGAAAUUGCACUAAGAAACAAAGCAGCCAAAGGCAACGUGACCGAAGAGUUCUCCACUUUCUUUCAGAAGAUCCGGGACUCUGGAGAGAUACCCAGCAAUGAGCAGAUCAUUCGUUUCUCCAAGCUGUUUGAGGACGAACUGACUUUGGAUAACCUGACGCGGCCGCAGCUCGUGGCUCUGUGCAAACUGCUAGAGCUGCAGUCCAUCGGCACCAACAAUUUCUUGCGCUUCCAGCUUAUCAUGAAGCUACGAGCAAUCCGCGCAGAUGACAAGCUGAUAGCCGAGGAGGGAGUGGACAGUCUGAAUGCGAACGAGCUGCAGGCGGCAUGUCGAGUAAGAGGAAUGAGAGCUCUGGGUGUGACACAGGAGAGACUGAGAGAGCAGCUUAAACAGUGGUUGGAGCUUCACCUCAACCAGCACAUUCCCACAUCUCUGCUGCUGCUGUCCCGAGCCAUGUUUCUGCCGGACACACUGUCUCCUGCAGACCAGCUCAAAACCACACUACAGAACCUGCCAGACAUCAUGGCUAAAGAGGCGCAGAUGAAAGUAGCAGAGUUGGACUUCUCUAAAGUGGAUAACAAGACCAAGCUGGAGGCCACGCUGCAAGAAGAGGCGGCCAUCAGACAGGAGAACAGAGAGCGAGAGCUGGAGAGACUGGCUGAUGCUGCAGAGAAAGCAAAGGAGCAGACACAGGCACAGGAGGCUGAGGUGCUAGAGGUGGAAGGAGAACGACGGGUGGAUGCAGAACACCCUCUGUCGAGUGUAGAUGUGGCCAUCCAUUCAGAAACACUACGAGACACUGCGCCGGUGCUGGAGGGGAUUAAGGGCGAGGAGAUCACUAAGGAAGAGAUUGACAUGCUGAGCGACGCCUGCACCAAACUGAAGGAGCAGAAGAAUCUCCUCACCAAAGAGAAAGAGGAGCUGGAGGACCUGAAGGAUGAUGUGCAGGAGUACAGUGAGGACCUGGAGGAGAUAAAGCGAGAGCUGUCCAAGACGGGACAGGAGAAGGCAGUGGAGGAGUCUAAGGCAAGUCAGCGUCUGUCAAAGCGAGUCAACCGCAUGAUCGGAAGAAUGGAUAAGAUCAUCACUGAGCUGGAGAAGGACAAGAUGGUGCUAGACGGGCAGAUGGACAGCGGGACCACACCACCAAUUGGAUUGUUCUUUGAGAAACGUAGUGACUUGCCAAGGGAGAAUCUGAUAAGCAUCAACGAGCUCAUUACAGUCAUGAAGCAGAUCCAGAACAUUCCUGAACACAAGCUGCUCAGCAUCGCAGAGGCACUCGACGAAAACAAAGAUGGCAAGAUAGACAUUGAUGAUGUUAUCAAGGUGGUAGAGCUGAUCGAUAAGGAGGACAUCGAUAUCUCCACCAACCAAGUUGCAGAGAUCAUGGUGAUGCUACAAAAGGAAGAGAAGCUGGUGGAGAAAGAGAAAGCCAAGGAGAAGGUCGAGAAGGAACAGGCAGCUAAAAUCCAAAACUAGACUUACAAUGUAGGAAAUUGAGAAAGGAUUCUAAAGCCAAUGAAGCUUUUAUGGUCCAUUAAUGUGUUCAGUGAGACUGAAACAAGUGCUGAGCUCCCAUCCGUAUUCACUCAUAUGAACAAAUCAGCUUUGUUUGCUUUGUUCGAAUAAGACUGAAAGUGUAAAGAAUGAAUUGAGAAGUUUAUUUAUUAGAAGAAAAAUAAGUAAUUUAGUAUGGAGCCUUGCACAUGAUGUAAAAAAGAAA